AUGGCCCGCAUCAUGUUCACCGAGGCGCAGGACGAGGUGACCUCGGACGGCAGCGCCGCGCUCGACCGGCUCGCCCAGGAGCUGCAGGCCGACGAGAACCGGCGCAUCCAGCUCCUGGCCUACGCGGCCGGCGACAGCAGUCAGGUCAACCAGGCCCGCCGCCUGUCGCUGUCGCGCGCCCUGGCGGUGCGCCAGUUCCUGAUCGAGCAGGGGGUCCGCUCGACCCGGAUGGACGUGCGCGCGCUGGGCAACAACGUGCCCGACGGGCCGCCCAACCGAGAUCGCCACGCCAUGACCCGCCCCACCGUCUACCUGCUGCGCAUGGCCGUCUUCCUCGGCCUGGUGCUGGUCGCCGCGGCGCUGCUGUUCCCGCGCCUGCAGGAGGCCUUCCUGGCCAACGCCGUGCUCAACGGCAUGAUCAUCGGCGUCCUGCUGCUGGGCAUCGGCUACUCCAUCCGCCAGGUCAUCCUGCUGCGCCCGGAGGUGGCCUUCCUCGAGCACCUCAAGCGCGAGGCCAGCGGCGGGCUGAUCUUCCCCGGCUCGGUGCAGUCCAUGUCGCCGCCGCGCCUGCUCGGCCCGAUGGCCAACAUGCUGCGCGAGCGCAAGGGCCGCCUGACCCUCUCGGCGCUGUCGACGCGCACCCUGCUCGACUCCAUCCAGACCCGCAUCAGCGAGAGCCACGACAUCUCGCGCUACCUGAUCGGGCUGCUGAUCUUCCUCGGCCUGCUGGGCACCUUCUGGGGGCUGCUGGAGACCAUCAACGCCGUGGCCGACACCAUCGCCAACCUUUCGGCCGGCGGCGACGCGGCGGUGCUGUUCGACCAGCUCAAGACCGGGCUCGACCAGCCGCUGUCGGGCAUGGGCACGGCCUUUUCCUCCUCGCUGUUCGGGCUGGCCGGCUCGCUGGUUCUCGGCUUCCUGGAGCUGCAGUCGGGCCAGGCGCACAACCGCUUCGUCAACGAGCUGGAGGAGUGGCUGUCCGGCCUGACCCGCCUGUCCAGCGGCGGCGAGGGCGUCGGCGCCGGCGACGGCUCGGUCCCCGCCUACCUGACGGCGCUGCUGGAAUCCACCGCCGACAGCCUGGACUCCCUGCAGCGCACCAUCGCGCGCGGCGAGGAGGAUCGGCAGGAGGCCAACCGCAACCUGGCCACCCUGACCGAGCGCAUGAGCGUGCUGACCGAGCAGAUGCGCACCGAGCAGGAGGUGAUGCGCCGCCUGGCCGAGACCCACAGCGCGAUCAAGCCGCUGCUGCAGCAGCUCAGCGAGGGCGAGCUGGGCGGCGGCGGCCUGGACGAGGCGACGCGCGACCAUAUCCGCACCCUGGCGCUCAACGUCACCCGCAUCGCCGGCGAGAUGGACCGCGGCCGCGACCAGACGGUCGAGGCGAUCCGCGCCGAGAUCCGCCUGCUGGCGCCCAUGUACAACCUCUCGCGCACCGGCCGCGAGCGCGCCACCAACAUCUGGCCGGGCUUCGUCGACGGCCUGGCCACCCUGCUGCUGGUCCUCGUCUUCGUGCUGCUGGUCUUCAUGGUCGGGCAGUUCUUCCUCUCCACCGCCCUGACCAGCCGCGACACCCGCCUGGCCGAGCUGACCUCGCGCCUGAACGAGCUGUCCGAGCUGCUCGCCCUGGAGCGCCAGGCCAACGAGGACCUGCGCGUCGACGUCUCGCAGCUCUCGGCCGAGCUGCAGGCCUCCCUGACCCAGCGGGACUCCCUGAGCGAGCGGCUGGCCGCCCUGACCGAGCAGCGCGACCGCCUGGCCGGCGACCUGGCCGCCCUGACCAACGAGCGCGACGUGCUGGCCAACCGCCUGGAGCGCACCGAGGCCGAGCUGCGCGAACGCAGCGCGGAGUUGAGCGAGGCGCAGCAGCGCGUCGAGGCCGACCGCGAAACCAUCGAGGCGCAGCUCGCCGAGGUGCGGUCGCUGCAGGACCUGCGCGACCGCCUGCGCGCCGAGCUGAGCGAGCUGGAGCUGCGGCUGGCGCGCGCCGAGACCGAGAGCGCGGAGCUGAGCGAGACCCUGGGGGCGCGCGACGCCCGCAUCGCCGAGCUGGAGGCGCGGCUGUCCGAGAGCCGCGCCACGGCCGAGGCCCGGGCCGAGCGGAUCGACCGGCUGGAGCGCCAGGCGCUGAGCCGCGAGGAGGAGCUGACCGCGCAGAUCGAGGCGCUGGACGCCCUGCGCGCGCGGGUCGAGGCGCGCGACGCCGAGCUGGCCGAGCUGGAGGCCGAACUGGCCGCCAAGGCGCGGGCCCUGACCGCCGCGCAGGAGCGGGUGAGCACACGCGAGGGGCGUAUCGCCGAGCUGGAGCAGUUCCUGGCCGAGCGGGAGGCGGAGCUGGCCGAGCUGCGCGACCGCGGCGCCGCGACCCGCGCCGCGCUGGCCGAGGCGCGCGACCAGCUCGCCCAGACCCAGGACUUCGCCAUGGAGCAGCAGCGCCUCAGCGAAGAGGCGCAGCGCGAGGUGGCGCGCCUCAACCGCCAGCUCGUGCAGCUCCGCGCCCAGCUCGCCGCCCUGAACGAAGCGCUGGAGGCGGCCGAGGCGCGCAACCGCGAGCAGCAGGUGCAGAUCGCCAACCUCGGCGAGCGCCUGAACGCCGCCCUGGCCACCAAGGUGCAGGAGCUGGCGCGCUACCGCUCCGAGUUCUUCGGCCGGCUGCGCGAGGUGCUGGGCGACAAUCCCGACGUGCGCAUCGUCGGCGACCGCUUCGUCUUCCAGUCGGAGGUGCUCUUCCCCAGCGCCUCGGCCGAGCUGCAGCCCCAGGGCGCGUCCCAGAUCGCCCGCCUGGCCGACACGCUGAACGCCAUCGCCGCCGAGAUCCCCGACGACAUCGACUGGGUGCUGCGGGUCGACGGCCAUACCGACCGCCGACCGAUCUCCACGCCGCAGUUCCCCUCCAACUGGGAGCUCUCCUCGGCCCGCGCGAUCGAGGUCGUGAAGUUCCUGAUCGCCCAGGGGGUGCCGAGCAACCGCCUGGUCGCCGCCGGCUUCGCCGACCACUGGCCGAUCGUCGAGGGCGCCAGCGCAGAGGCCCUCAGCCGCAACCGCCGGAUCGAAUUCAAGCUGACCCAGCGCUGA